AUGGCCUCGAGUUCCCGGCAAGUCCAGCAGGGACCGGCGGGCGGGAGUGGAAACUCCUUCCCUACCGACAACGAGCUCUUCGACGCCGACCCCGAGCAGAUGACGGGCGACAUCCUAGUCCACCUGGCUAGGCGCUACGGGGUCGGCGAGAUUGCCAAGCAGGUAUGUAAUGUGGCAGUGUCCUCCCUCCUACACUACCUAGCAGGUACUGAACUUUCAUAGGUCAACGCACGCCACCCGAGCAACGAGGUGAGCGCGCCCCUGCUAUCCAACCGCCUGCAGCGCGCGGUGGAGAAGAUCGCCGCGGCGAGAGGCACGACCAAAGACGUCGUGAGGAAAGAGAUCCAGGACGACGCCAAGCGCAAUGGCGUGCAGGUCAAUGGAAAGCGCACCGCACCUCUCGCCGUGGCGAUGAACGGCCAAGAGGUUACCGAGGCGCCCAAUGGCACGGAAGAAGAAGACGAGUCGGAGAGCGGGGAUGAGGAGGAGGAGGUUCACGAGGACAACGGCGUCCCCUCGCGAUUCCUGGGCUUGUGGGGUGAGAGGGCCGCGAGGGUCGAGAGGGAGAAGUCUUCCAGAAAGAAGGCGGCUCCAUCUACCACCAAGCCUCUGGAUCCUCGCCCCGUCCACGACGGGACCUUUCGGUCCUUCAAUUGA